CGAGUCCAGCCAUGUCCUACCUGGGCCUCCUGCUCCUGCUCUGGCUGCUGGCACCACCGCGACCGUGCCCUGCCUCGCAGGCCCCCCUGCACCCCCACGACGACGAGGCCACUGUGGCUGACCUUGUCCUCUCGGCGCUGGAGAGGGCCACCUCCUUCCUGAGGAGACGCCUGAGGGAGAUCAACCUGGACGGCGUGCUGGGCUUCCGGGUGCUGGAAGUGCAGCUCGAAGGUGUCCGUGAGAAGUGGGCCCGGGACCCGGGGAUGCAGCCACUAGGCCUGCGCGCAGAGAAGCUGGCCGAGGAGCUGUCGGGGCUGCUGCAGGGGUCCACACGCCACCUGGAGCACAUCGAUGCCCAGUACCUGAGAGAGUUCCGGCCAACCAUCCUGCCCGGCUUCUGGAGGCUGCCGCGCGUCUGGACGCUCACCAACGCCUCCCUGGUGUACCCCACUCUCGAGGGCGAGGACUCGUUCUCGGAGGAACAGAGCGACAAAUGCCUGGCGCAGCUGCUGGGGACCUGGGUGGACAGCAGCCAGCCCUGCGCACUCUCGGAAGCCUGCGCCUCACUCAUGACCAGGCCCGGCUGCACGGGCUAUGCCCUCUCGCACCAGCUGCUCUUCUUCCUCAUGGCCAGGAUGAUGGGCUGCACCGCCGGGGUGUUCGGCCACAGCCAGCACUACAUGGACCGCUUCUGCGCCAACAUGCUGCUUGUCAACCGCAGGGUGGAGGCGGGGGGAUACCCCCCCAUCGCCCGGGAUAUCUUCUGCGAGAACAUCAUGUUCUGCGGGAUCAGUGGCUUCCUGGACUUCUACAAGCCCAGGUGGCUGGAGGCCAUCCUCAGCUGGCAGCUGGCCCCGGAAGGCUGCUUCGGCAGGACUGAGGAAGGGGCGGCCGCCUCCCUGCGCAGCCGGGCCCGGCGCCACUCUCUGAGACGCGUGAAGCGGAGGGACAGACAAUUCACAGACGGCUGCUCCUCCCACAACACGGCUGUGGCCGUCGCGGCACUGGGCGGCUUCCUCUACAUCCUGGCGGAGCGUCCCCCUGCUCCCGGCCGCUGA